CUACCCGGAGAUGACCACAUCAGGCGUCACAGGACGACAACAAAGCAGUGUUGCUUCGCUGCACCGUGUCUUAUGAAACAUUACAUUAACUAGCUACUUCUGUUAUUUAGGUUUAUAAGGGCUACGUCGAAAACAUGGCUCAGAAAAUAAACGAAGCGCAUGAGCACAUUGCUAAGGCUGAGAAAUAUUUAAAGACGAGCUUUAUGAAGUGGAAGCCGGAUUACGACAGCGCUGCGUCGGAAUAUGCAAAAGCGGCUGUUGCUUUCAAAAACGCCAGACAACUUGAAGCAGCAAAAGAUGCUUAUUUACAAGAAGCCGAGGCCCAUACGAACAACAGAUCUCUUUUCCAUGCUGCAAAGGCUCUUGAGCAAGCAGGUAUGAUGCUGAAGGACAUGCAGAAACUGCCGGAGGCAGUGCAGUACAUAGAGAAAGCCAGCCUGAUGUACACUGAAAAUGGCACACCUGACACAGCUGCCAUGGCUCUUGAUAGAGCGGGGAAAUUGAUAGAGCCUGUGGAUUUGGGCAAAGCUGUGGACCUUUAUCAGAAAGCUGCAUCUGUGUUUGAGAAUGAGGACAGAUUACGGCAAGCCGUGGAGCUUCUUGGCAAAGCAUCCCGACUUCUCGUCAGACAAAAGAAGUAUGAUGAAGCAACAUUGUCGCUCCAGAAAGAGAAGAGCAUCUACAGAGACAUAGAAAAUUACCCAACAUGCUAUAAGAAAACCAUUGCACAAGUGCUAGUUCACUUACACAGAGGAGAUUACGUAGCAGCUGACAAGUGUGUGCGUGAGAGCUACAGCAUCCCAGGAUUCAGUGGGAGUGAGGAUUGCAUUGCUUUGGAGCAGCUGUUACAGGGCUAUGACCAACAAGAUGAAGACCAGGUGUCCCGUGUCUGUAACUCCCCACUGUUCAGAUACAUGGAUAAUGACUAUGCUAAGCUGGCUCUCACGCUCAGUGUGCCUGGAGAGGGAAAGAAGAAGAAGGCUGUGGCUGCCACUCCUGGCGAUGCAGGUGUGAAUGGUGGGGUUGAUGGGCCUGAGGAAGAGGAGGAUGAAUAUGCAGGAGGACUCUGUUAACUGCUCUCAUUUCUGACCUCAGAUCAGUGAGUUUCCUCAGCCACAGGAGGAGAUUUCCAGCACUGUGCAACUUGCUGUCAGAAAAAUAGUCCCAUGCUUUUAGUUUAGCUUUAAAACUCAGUCAGGAAGGACUGAUUUCUAAGUUUACCAGUAACUUGGCAAAUUAAGAUUGCUGUGGCGUAGAGUCUAUGGUCCUUUUGUGUUGGUGUAGGUUGAAUGACUCUUUCUGUAGUACCAAAAAACUGGCCUGCCAGGUGUUGUAGUUCCUGACUGGAACUUUAAGACUAUGCAUUAAGUAUGGAAAGUUGACUCUGGGUCAGCAGAGAGGGGCAGCUUUUCCUCAGAGUAAGAUUUCAAAGGGAAAUUCUGUUUCUGCAUUGGCACUCUCUACCAACAUAAGUAGGGAACAUUCUUCAUUCUUUAGCAUAGCCUUAACAAGUAUUUACCAAAUACUAACAACAAACAUACCCAUGACCUGCAGCCCAGGGCCUGAGGCCUAAGCAUGAAUUUUGUUGUAUUUAGUCAUCACACUGAUGAUAUUGAAAUAUCAUAUGUUCUUGGCCGUUUGCAAAAACAGAAUUGGUUAUCUCUUGGGUGUUUGUGAAUUCUGUUAAGGUCAGAUUGGUAUAAUGGAGUAAACAAAAACGAAAAAAGGGUCCUUUACAAUAUGAGGAUGAGAGUAUAAGAACAUAUUACAUGCUAUUUUAUAAGUAUUCGCAAUUAUGUUAAAUACUACAUAUGCAGACAAAUGCAGAAUCUGAAUGAAAUGUAUUUUUUAAAAUUAAAUUCCUGAAUACCUCUGUGUACUACUCUAUAGUUUUUAAAGGUGUUAUGCACUUGUUACACACUAAAUAAAAAAAAAUCUUUAAUGGGACCUGUGAUAUUUGAUUGGGAUGACAUGUGAAAAGGUUUAAUUAUAGAACCUUAAUUGUUCUAUGACUAUUAGUUGUCAUGAUAGUUUUGCCAUCACAUAUAGUUCCAGGCAAAAUGAGCAGGUAUAGGUGAACGAGCCAACAGUGUUUUGUCAUCUAUCAUAUUUUUUCUCCCUCAAGCCUUAAUUAGAGUUUACGCCAAUAUGCUGUGCCUAAAAACUUGAAAAUAAAACUAGUCAAGGGAAUGCAUUAACUAUUAUUUAUAAUAGAAGACCUAAAUUAAAUUUUUCGUUCUGAUAUAUCAGUUAUUUUCCUCCCAGAAGCUAACGUGCAGACUCCAAUGUCCAAAUAACUAUGAUACUCAACAUUGCAUGAAAUGUCUUAAUAUUAUUGCUUGGAAUAUAAUAUAAUAAUGUUUGUAGCGUUAUUUAUUUAGGAAAAGUACACAUUUACAUUUCAGGGAACAAUGCCUCUAUGAGUAGAUUAGGGAAGAGAAUGGUAUUGUGUGAUAUGCAGAUUUUGUACAUAGAAAUCUUUCAUGCUUUUUCCCUCCUCUGAAUUGUGCUGAGAUGAUGUGUGUACCAAUGUUCCAUAAUGAAAAAUCUGUACACUCUUUAUCAAAGUUCUUGUGUUGCAUGGAAAUCAAUAUUUUGAUGAACAGUGUACCGCAACAAAAGUGUAAACCCAGUAAAAGUCUGAGAUACAACAUAAA